UUGGUCAAUGUUGCUGAUAUCGAAGGCACCUGACAGCGCAUAUAUAUACGGUCCAUGCCUUACCCAUCCGAAGGCACGUAGGCAACUUGUUGAAGACGCACGCCUGCAAUUUUACAUUAGUCUCACCAAGAUGCUGACGUCCCGUGCCCUGAUCCGAGGGUUGCAGUCCAGCCUCUGGAGAGGACUGUCCAGCACCAGCGCCCUGCAGGGGUCCCACUCCCAAGUGAUGGAUGUGAUGGACUGCACCGUGCCGCAGUACAACAACCGCCUGGACUCGCCGCUGCCUGACAGGCCGUUCGUGCAGCUGGAGCAGCUGUCUGCGGAGCAGAAGAAACUCAAGGAGAAGGAGAAGGGCUCCUGGAAGAGCCUCAGCAAGGAGGAGCAGCUUGCAUUGUACAGAAUGACGUUUGAGCUGACGUACCCUGAGAUGAGGCAGGGCUCUGGCGAGUGGAAGACGGUGCUGGCGGGCAUCUUCUUCUUCCUCGGCUUCAGCGGGCUGCUCGUGUGGUGGCAGCGGGCCUAUGUGUAUGGAGACGUGCCUCACACUCUGAGUCCUGAGUGGGUGGAGAAACAGACCCAGAGGAUGAUUGACAUGCGCGUCAACCCUGUGACCGGCUUUGCAUCGCAUUGGGACUAUGAGAAGAAGCAGUGGAAGUAAUGCAGUGUGAUUGUUAAAUCUUUGGUUAGUGUCAACACGGACACUAUAACCAAAUUCUAUUCACAUAUGACAAAGACCUCUGCUUUACAGCCUUAAAACCAGUGACAGCAUACACACACACACACACACACA